CUUAAGGAAGCACAGCGCAUCAGAGAGGCUUGAACCACGCUUGAACAAGACAGCAGAGAUGACUUCUUCCCAACUUCACUUAACUCUCUCUCUGCUCUGUUUGGCCAUGACAGCAGGCAUCAUAUCAUGUGGCAGAUCUCAUAUGGUUUUGAGCUCUCCGCUGGAGACAUCUCAUGGCACACCUGGCAAUGAGGAGAUGCCAGAGAGAUACUCCGUUUCAGAACUCCAGUGGAUGCUCAGUAACUCGGACCCAGCAGCCAUUCAGUCUGACAGCCCAUCGCUGGGGUUCAUACAAAAUGGACUGGACCUAAUGAGGAGAGACAAUGGAGACAAAGAACGAAAGCCUGGCUGCAAGAAUUACUUCUGGAAAUCCAGAACGGCAUGCUGAUCUACAACCAGCAGGUCCAAUCCUGAGGCCUCCAGCACAAUCGUCAUGCUGCUGAUCACAUCUAAUCCACACUAAUAAGACAUUCUGUAUUUUGUCUUAAAGAAAGGAGUGGGCCUCAGUAAACAUAGCAAUUCCCUGUGACCACUGUUCCUCAAUCUCAGUAUUAUCUUGAUUUGAAGCAUUGACUGCUUGCAAUAAACUGAA